CGUUUCCAUUGGUUCCGGACCCGUCCGCUUGCCCUCCCUUUUCUCCGCCGCCGCGUAAUGGCGGCUCCCGAGACCCAGGGGGCUGCUGCCGGAGGGGAGGAGGACUGUGAGGGCAACCAUAGCGAAGCCGGGGGUGUCAGUUAUGAGGACAGUAAGGAUUGUAUCCUGGAGCCGCUUUCCCUGCCAGAAAGUCCAGGUGGCACCACCGCUUUAGAAGGUUCUCCAUCUGUGCCUUGUAUUUUCUGUGAAGAACAUUUUCCUAUGGAUGAACAAGACAAACUUCUGAAGCACAUGAUUAUUGAACAUAAGAUGGUCAUAGCUGAUGUCAAGUUAGUUGCUGAUUUCCAAAGGUACAUUUUAUAUUGGAGGAAAAGGUUCACUGAACAGCCCAUUACAGAUUUUUGUAGUGUGAUAAGAAUCAAUUCCACAGGUCCACUGGAAGAACAAGACAAUUACUUUUUGUUAUGUGAUGUUUUACCAGAAGAUAGACUACUUAGAGAAGAACUUCAGAAACAGAGACUGAAAGAAAUUCUGGAACAACAGCAACAAGAAAGAAAUGAUAACAGUUUUCAUGGUAUUUGUAUGUUUUGCAAUGAGGAAUUUUUCGGAAACAGAUCUGUUCUUUUAAACCACAUGGCCAGAGAACAUGCUUUCAACAUUGGAUUGCCAGACAACAUUGUAAACUGCAAUGAAUUUCUGUGCACAUUACAGAAAAAGCUGGACAACUUGCAGUGCUUGUACUGUGAGAAGACCUUCAGGGACAAAAAUACACUUAAAGACCAUAUGAGGAAAAAACAGCAUCGGAGGAUUAAUCCUAAGAACAGAGAAUAUGACCAAUUUUAUGUCAUCAAUUAUUUGGAACUUGGAAAAUCAUGGGAGGAAGUUCAAUUGGAAGAUGAUCGGGAGCUGCUAGACCAUCAGGAAGAUGACUGGUCUGAUUGGGAAGAACGCCCUGACUCUGCUGUCUGUCUAUUUUGUGAAAAGCAAGCAGAAACAAUUGAGAAACUAUGUGUCCACAUGGAGGAUGCUCACGAGUUUGAUCUCCUCAGAAUAAAGUCAGAACUUGGAUUAAAUUUCUACCAGCAAGUGAAACUGGUCAAUUUCAUUCGGAGGCAGAUUCACCAAUGUAGGUGUUAUGGCUGCCAUGUGAAAUUCAAAUCCAAAGCAGAGUUAAGGACUCACAUGGAAGAAGCUAAACAUACAUCACUGCUUCCUGAAAGAAAGACAUGGGAUCAACCAGAGUAUUAUUUUCCAACCUAUGAAAAUGACACUCUACUGUGUACACUGUCUGACAGUGAAAGUGACCUGACAGCUCAGGAACAGAAUGGAAAUAUCACCAUCAUCAGUGAAGAUACAUCUAAACUGCAUGCUUUGAAACAAAGCAGUAUUUUGAACCAGUUGCUACUACAAGAGGGCUUGAAAAACUAGAAGAAAAUGCUGCAGAAGCAGCUUUUCAUAUUUUUCUUUCAUGAGACAAACUCAGAAAAAUAGUUUAAAAUUUGAACAUCAGCAAAGGAUUAGUCCUCGGUGAAGUAAAAUUUUUAAAAAGUACUUUGCAAAAAAUAAAAUGAGGACUUUUUGUAUUUUUGGCUAUAAAGUUUUACUAUGUAAUCAUUAUAAAUGAUCUCAUUUCAUUAGGCUCGAUUAUCCAUAAUAAGGAGAACAUGCGGGGCACGUAGCUGGCCCAAGUGGUGGAGCAUGUGACUCUUGAUCUCGGGGUCAUGAGUUUGAGCCCCACGUUAGGUGAAGGGAUUGCUUAAAAAAAAUUUUUUUUUAGUAAGGAGGACAUGUAAAUCACAAAGAAAUGAAAUGUUCAAAUUAUUUAUAAAGUUAGUUUCACCCAGUAAUUUCAAUUUCCUCCCCCACAGGCUUUCUUCAUCUAACAAGUCAGAAAAUUUGACUACAUUGGGUAAACUUUAGUGACCAAAAGAGGAGCCAUAAAAGAAAGGAAAAAUGGUCAAAGAUCUGGGAAAUGUAUGCACAAAUUGUAAACUAUUUCAGAAAAGUCCAGAUCUGGCUAUAUUAUCAUUACUGCUUUCUGCCUAGAUAACCAAAUCCCUAGAAAUGGGCAUCAAGCCUCUUGUCUUCUACAAUGUACAUAUCAUUAGCAGAUCAGUACCAUUUUUAAAAAACAUAAACGCAAUACCAUUUUAUUAUCUAACAAAAUUACUAAGUUCUUAAUAUCCUAUGUUUUCAGUUUUUCCUAGCUGUCUCAAAAUGCCCUCUUAUUGUAUUAUCAGUUACAAGAUAAAUACUGUAUACUUCCUAAUUAGAUGCACUGAGGAUGACAAAACGUGAUGCUUGAGGAUUCCUCCCAAAAAUGCAUAACACGAAUAUAACAAAGAAACAUUAAUCAAACCCAAGUUGAGGGACAGUCUACCCAAUAAUCGGCCUUUAUUCUUCAAAAGUCAAAGUCAUGAAAAACAAAGACUGAAAUACUCCCCUAGAUUAAAGAAAACUUCAGAGAUAAUGCUACAUGUAAUCCUGGAUUGGAUUCUGGAUGAAGAAAAAAUUUUCUUUUGCUGUAAAAGAUCUAGUGGGACAAAUGGCAUACUUUUAAUAAAGUCUGUAGCUAAUGUUAA